AUGGCUGCAAAUGAUAUUGCUCAGCGCGAUGAGACGCUGCCGAUAGAGGGAGUACAGAGAACGGAAUUCGAUUUCGGCGACUUCGAUCACUCCAAGAUCCCCUUCGAAGAGAAUGAAAUCCCCGUGAUCGUCAUUGGAUCGAGCAUGAUUGGGAUGAGUCUGCAACUCUUCCUUGGCUUUCAUGGGUCAGCUAUCCGCCAGAGAGCUGCUUUGUUUCAACUCCGAACCAUCGAAAUCUUCCGUCAGUUAGGACUGGAGGAAGCGUUUCGUGAGGAGAGCAAGACCGUUAUCGACUUGGAUGGCGGUAUGUUGCUCACGGACGUUUCGUACCAGGGCAAAGAGCUCGCAAUUGUGCAAGGCAGUGACCCGAAGAAGAUCGCCGAGAUUUCGCCUUGUGUUAGAUUUUGGCUCACGCAAGAUAUGUACGAGCCUUGGGUCCGCGAGAGGGCCACAAUUCUUCAGGACCCGCGUCGUGCAUUACGAGGAAAAGGCAGACCACGUGGUGGUAGUGGUCCAAGAUACCGAGACGGGCAAGUACCGCAAGUACAAGACCCAGUUUUUGGUCGCUUGCGAUGGUAA